UUCAGUACAUAUUACGCAGCCUAUCGUGCUGGAAGUUGGAAAUAAUUGUUUUUAAAUAAAGUGACAAGUUAUUAAAAAAAUAUAUAUAUAUUUAAAAAACUCCCAAAUUUGGUAUGUAGACUUUUCAAAUAUGUAUUUACCAUACACACAACUGCCCGAUCCAACGGACAAAUUCGAAAUCUAUGAAGAAAUUGCACAGGGCGUCAACGCAAAAGUAUUUCGGGCAAAAGAGUUAGAUAAUGAUCGAGUGGUAGCCUUAAAAAUUCAGCACUAUGAUGAGGAACACCAAAUAUCGAUUGAAGAAGAGUAUCGUACUUUACGCGAUCACUGCAAUCAUCCAAAUCUUCCCGAGUUUUAUGGCGUCUACAAGCUUGAAAAGUCAAAUGCACCUGAUGAAAUAUGGUUUGUUAUAGAGUAUUGCAGUGGGGGAACAGCCGUGGAUAUGGUCAACAAAUUGAUAAAACUGGAACGGCGCAUGCGUGAGGAGCAUAUUGCCUACAUUAUACGCGAGAUAUGUCGUGGCGCUAUUGAGCUAAAUAGAAAUCAUGUCAUACAUAGGGAUAUUAGAGGUGAUAAUAUACUUCUUACUAAAGAUGCACGAGUCAAGCUAUGUGAUUUCGGUUUAUCACGAGAAGUUGAUUCAACAUUUGGAAAACGUGGAACAUGCAUAGGAUCACCAUGUUGGAUGGCUCCGGAAGUUGUGACUGCAAUGAGUGCAAAGGACGCUGAGAUUUCCUCCCGAGCAGAUGUCUGGGCGCUAGGCAUAACUACAAUUGAAUUAGCUGAUGGCCAACCACCUUUUGCCGACAUGCACCCCACCAGAGUUAUGUUUCAAAUAGUUCGUAACCCUCCACCGACUUUAUUACGGCCAACUAAUUGGUCACAACAAAUCAAUGAUUUUGUAUCGGAGUGUUUGGAGAAAAAUGUUGAGAAUAGGCCUAUGAUGGUUGAAAUGAUUGAGCAUCCAUUUCUGAACGAAUUGUUCGACAAUGAAGAAGAAAUGCAAGCAGAUCUUCGCGAACUAUUAGUUUUUUGUAGAGAUGCUCCACCUAUAUACAAAGAACUUGAAAUAUUUGUUGACAGGGGUUAUAUAAAACGAUUCGAUGGAAAACCGGAACGUAUGUACCCAGAAGACUUGGCUGCGAUUGAAAAUCCAACAGACGAAAUGAUUUUAGAAUCACUUCGAAGCCGUAUGGAGCUCGGUGGGUCAUACAGUUUUAUAGGAGACGUUUUAUUAUCAUUAAAUUCAAACGAUUUGCAAACAGAUUUUGACGAAGAGUUCCACAGUAAAUAUAAGUUUAAGUCGCGUUCGCAAAACUCUCCCCACAUUUUCGCCGUUGCUGAUAUUGCUUAUCAAGAUAUGCUACAUCACAAAGAACCACAGCACGUUGUAUUUUCAGGAGAGAGCUUUUCUGGUAAAUCAACCAACGUCCGUCUGCUCAUAAAUCAUUUAUGUUACCUCGGAGCUGGUAAUCGGGGAGCUACCUUAAGAGUUGAGAACUCAAUCGAAGCAAUUCAAAUGUUGGUCAACGCAGGUACACCUAUUAACAAUGAGUCCACACGUUGUGUGUUGCAGUACUUUCUAACCUUUGGUCAGACAGGAAAACUCAGUGGUGCUGUGUUUAAUAUGUAUAUGUUAGAGAAACUUCGAGUUUCCACUACGGACAUGAACCAGCACAACUUUCAUAUCUUUUACUAUUUCUACGAUUUUAUGAAUAGUGAGAGUCUACUAAAAGAGUAUCAUUUAAAAAGUGAGCGUGGAUAUCGAUAUCUACGUAUUCCAGCCGAAAUGCAACCCACUAAAUUGAAAUACCAUCGUGAUGAUCCCAUUAACAAUGUUGAACAUUACAAACGCUUCGAGUGCAUUUUGCAAGAUCUUGACUUUAAUCACAAACAACUAGAAACAUUACGCAAGGUUCUUGCUGCUAUUUUAAAUAUUGGCAACAUUCGAUUUCGAUCUUCUGGUAAAUAUGCAGAAGUGGAAAAUACAGAAAUGGUUACACGCAUAGCAGAAUUAUUGCGAGUAGACGAGAAAAAAUACAUGUGGUCAUUAACAAAUUUUAUUAUGGUUAAAGGCGGCAUAGCAGAGAGACGUCAAUACAGUACUGAAGAAGCGCGUGAUGCCAGGGAUGCUGUGGCAUCGACAAUAUAUUGUCGACUCGUCGAUUGGGUACUUAAUAAGAUAAAUAUGAAUUUAUCAUUUCCUCGUGCUGUCUUUGGUGACACUAACGCCGUAGUUGUGCAUGAUAUGUUCGGAUUUGAAUGUUUUCAUAGAAACGGUUUAGAACAGCUGAUGAUAAAUACUUUGAAUGAGCAAAUGCAGUACCAUUAUAAUCAACGAAUUUUUGUAAAUGAAAUGCUCGAAAUGGAAGCAGAUGAUAUACCCACGGACAAUUUGAAUUUCUACGACAAUAAGACAGCUCUUGAUAAUUUGUUGACAAAACCAGAUGGACUAUUUUACAUAAUAGAUGAUGCUUCUCGAACCAGUCAAGAUCAAGAUCUUAUUAUGGACCGGGUUGUGGAAAAGCAUAGCCAAUUCGUUAAAAAGCACACAGCUACCGAAAUAUCAGUCGCACACUACACCGGGCGAAUAAUAUAUGAUACUCGGGCCUUCACAGAUAUCAAUCGUGACUUUGUGCCUCCAGAAAUGAUCGAAUCUUUUCGAUCGUCAAUGGACGAAAAUAUAAUGUUAAUGUUUACAAAUCAACUAACAAAAGCAGGCAACUUGACAAUGCCAUUUGAAAGUGUACAACAUAAACCAGAAGAUUCUCAGAGAAAAUCCUAUCCGCUAAAUACUUUAUCAGCUGGUUGUAUUUCGCAAGUGAAUAACCUCCGAACUUUGGCCGCAAAUUUUCGCUUCACUUGUUUAGCUCUCCUCAAAACAUUGACACUUAGUAGUAAUUUGGGUGUACACUUCGUUCGGUGCAUAAGAGCGGACUUAGAAUAUAAGCCGCGAGCGUUUCAUAGCGAUAUGGUGCAACAACAAAUGAAGGCUCUUGGGGUAUUGGAUACAGUGGUCGGCAGGCAACGAGGCUACUCAUGUCGGAUCACAUUUCAAGAAUUUCUUAGACGUUAUCAAUUUUUAGCAUUUGAUUUUGAUGAAACUGUGGAUAUUACCAAAGAAAAUUGCCGUCUAUUAAUGAUUCGUUUAAAAAUGGAAGGCUGGGCAAUUGGAAAAACUAAAGUAUUCUUACGAUAUUAUAAUGAUGAAUUUUUGGCAAGAUUGUACGAAGUCCAAGUGAAAAAAGUAAUUAAAGUUCAGUCUAUGAUGAGAGCGUUGCUAGCACGAAAGCGAAUGAAAGGGGGCAAGGAUCCCAAAAAAGCAAAAGGAGUCACUCGCCAUGAUGAGGCAGCCACUAAAAUACAAAAAGCUUUUCGUGGAUAUCAUGAAAGACAACGUUUUCAGCCCUUAGUCAAUGAAAAAACGGGCCAAUUGAAUGAAGAAACAGCAGUAUUUAUACGAGUGUAUGCUAAAAAAUGGCGAGAAAAAUCUUUAUUUCAAGUCUUGUUACACUAUCGUGCAGCCAGAUUUCAGGAUUUCGUUAACUUAGCACAACAGGUACACAUUUAUAAUCAAAGAUUUUUCGCUGGAAUAAAUAAAUGUACACGUAACGUACCAUUUGAUCGGAUAAACACGCGCGAAGUGAACUCUUCUCAACUUGGGCCACUGCCUAUACCGACAAAAAAGCUACCGUUCCGAUUAGAUCAAAUUCCUUUCUAUGAUACCCAAUAUAUGGUUAAUGCAGCUAAUUCAUUAUCUAGACAAAAUUUCUCAAAUACUUUAAUCACUUAUGACGACGAAGAUGCUUGGGAUAGUCCGCUACAGCGAAAUCCUUCUAUGACUUCAUGUUUACUAACAUACAAUGCGUAUAAAAAAGAACAAGCAUGCCAGACGAAUUGGGAUCGGAUUGGAGAGAGUGACGUAAUCUACAACCAAAACUAUUAUCGAGAUCCACAGCUUGUUAAAAGGAAUCAAGUACAGAUGAAUAUGAAUGCGUAUAACAACUAUAAUCAAUACAAUAAUAAUUAUAACACUGUAUCUUCAAAUAUGUGGAGCAAUCGAACAGGCUCGCGUCGAAACUCCUUAAAGUCGUACUCUGCACCACCACCACCGCCUAUGCCGCCCGUAAAUAUGGUAUACCGCAAUGACCAGAUUCAGGCCCGUACAAUGCAGCAGAACCCAAACCAAUUAAAUCGUAUAAAUCAAAACUAUCAACAACGGUCUUCGUUUGUACCUUCAGAUCCAAUGCGAGAAUUAAAGGACUUUGUGCGUCGUUCUAAUGAUGGGGAUAGUCCUGAAGAACCUCCGUUUAAUUUUAAGGCAAUGCUACGUAAAACAAAUUAUUCUCGUUCCGAUUCUACUGUUUAUGAAUUUAAUAAUCAGAUGUCCAAUAAUAAUAACGAAAAUAUAAGCUUCCAACCAUCUAAACUCCGCUCUACUAGUCGCCGUCCCGAUGAUUAUAAUAAUCACAAGUUGAAUUCAAGUGAUCAGCAUAAUUUUGUAAACCGAGCACCAUCUCUACAGCAGACGGCUGUGGGAAAAAGUUUCGAUAACACAGAUGCCAAGUCGUUUGAGGAAGCUGGUUCAUAUGUUGAGGAGGAGAUUGCACCAGGUGUUACAUUAUCUGGAUACGCCGUUGAUAUUUGAUACCUUCUUUAAGAGAUUUUUCUAGUAGAUAAUGUAGUUUCCUGCAAUAUUGUGGUAGCCGAAAAAGUUCUCGUCUUACCAAUAAAAAUAUAACAUAAGCAAAAA